CAAAAGUUUAUUUACAUGCAAUAACACGAAUCCUAAUUAAUCUCAUUCCUGCUUGUUCAGUAAGCAAAACUACUCUUUCCCACAACAUGCGUUCCCGUGGUAGCUUCUCUCUCCUUGCCUUAAGCUUAGUUGUUUUUUCUCUUUCAACAACAGCUGCCUACUCCGCAAAACUUUCACCAAAUUUCUACGACAAAACAUGUCCCGGUGCUUUGGCAACCAUCAAAAGCGCUGUCGACGCAGAGCUGAUGAGACAGCAACGCAUGGGCGCUUCUUUACUGCGCCUCUUCUUCCACGAUUGCUUCGUUCAGACGUGUGAUGGUUCAAAUCUUCUGGACCCGGCGCCCAACAUUGAUAGCGAAAAGAAUGCUAUUCCUAAUGCGUUUUCUGUUAGAGGAUAUGAUGUGAUCGACAGAAUCAGGUUGGAGCUGGACAAGACCUGUGGAGGGCCUGUAGUGUCGUGUGCCGACAUUGUGGCUGUUGCUGCUCGUGACUCUGUGGUUGCGCUAGGAGGACCAUCGUGGGAAGUUCAACUGGGGAGGAGAGACUCACUCAACGGAAACAGCACACUAGCGGACAUCAACCUCCCAUCACCCUUUAUGAACCUCACACAACUCAUCGCCAACUUCAAAAACCAAGGCCUCGACAUCCAAGACCUAGUCGCCCUCUCCGGUGGCCACACCAUCGGCUUGACCCAUUGCGGAUUCUUCCAGAACCGAAUCUACAACGAAACCAGCGCAACCAUCGACCCAGCCUUUGCCAGCCUGCGCAAAGAACACUGCCCGCCAACCGCUAGCCUUGCGGCCUUUGCAGAACUUGCUCCUCUCGACUCCACUCCUAGACAAUUUGACACAAACUAUUUCUCCAAUUUGGUGCAGAAGAAGGGCCUUUUGGAUUCUGAUCAGGCGCUUUACCGGGGCGGCGUGACGGAUAGGUUGGUGAAGCGGUAUAGUACGAAUCGGGAGGCGUUUUUUAAAGAUUUCGCAAGGUCUAUGGUUAAGAUGGGGAAUUUCAAGCCGUUAACUGGGAACGAGGGGCAAGUUAGGAAUAAUUGCAGGAAAGUGAACCCUUAAAUGUGUUGGAAGUCAAUGGGUGCUUCUUGGUUUUUGUUUUGAAGGUUUUCCUUUAAACAACAAGAAAUGUAACAUAAGCAAUUUGUUGGGUAGUCUUAAUCUUGACAUUAAAUUCUUUCCACUAACGGUGGAAACUAUGGGCUAUAGCUAUGAGGCUGUGAAUUGUAAUAAAGGUUUUGUGAUCAAGUCAGUGGCGGACCAAGAAGGGUGCAAGCAGGGGCUUGAGUCCCCGCACACCUCUCAAUUAUAUAUUUUUUAAGUUAAUUUAAAAAAGUUCUAUACGAUCGAUCGGCCC